AUGGAGCUGAGCCUGGAGAGCCUGGGGGGCCUGCACGGCGUGACCCACGCGCAGGCGGGCGAGCUGCUGAGCCCGGGCCACGCGCGCUCGGCGGCGGCGCAGCACCGCGGCCUGGUGGCGCCCGGGCGCCCGGGCCUGGUGGCCGGCAUGGCGAGCCUGCUGGACGGCGGCGGCGGCGGCGGGGGAGCCGGGGGUGCGGGCGGCACGGGCGGCGCGAGCGGCGGCGCCGACUUCCGCGGGGAGCUGGCGGGCCCGCUCCACCCGGCCAUGGGCAUGGCCUGUGAGGCGCCCGGCCUGGGCGGUACCUACACGACGCUCACGCCCCUGCAGCACCUGCCGCCGCUCGCCGCCGUGGCCGACAAGUUCCACCAGCACGCGGCGGCCGCGGCGGUGGCCGGGGCGCACGGCGGCCACCCCCACGCGCACCCGCACCCGGCGGCCGCGCCGCCCCCGCCGCCCCCGCCGCAGCGCCUGGCGGCCAGCGUGAGCGGCAGCUUCACCCUCAUGCGCGACGAACGCGCGGCGCUCGCCUCCGUGGGCCACCUCUACGGGCCCUACGGCAAGGAGCUGCCCGCCAUGGGGUCGCCGCUGUCGCCUCUGCCCAACGCGCUGCCGCCCGCGCUGCACGGCGCCCCGCAGCCCCCGCCGCCGCCGCCGCCGCCGCCGCCGCUGGCCGCCUACGGCGCGCCGGGCCACCUGGCCGGGGACAAGCUGCUGCCGCCCGCCGCCUUCGAACCGCACGCUGCGCUGCUGGGGCGCGCCGAGGACGCGCUGGCUCGCGGGCUGCCCGGAGGCGGCGGCGGCGGCGGCGGCGGCGGGGGCGGCGGCGCGGGCGGCGGGGGCACCGCGGGGCUGCUGGCGCCGCUGGGCGGGCUGGCGGCCGCCGGGGCGCACGGGUCCCACGCAGGCGGCGGCGGCCCGGGCGCGGGCGGCGGCGGCGGCCCCGGGGCGGGCGCGGCGGCGGAGGAGAUCAACACCAAGGAGGUGGCGCAGCGCAUCACCGCCGAGCUGAAGCGCUACAGCAUCCCGCAGGCCAUCUUCGCGCAGCGCAUCCUGUGCCGCUCGCAGGGCACGCUCUCCGACCUGCUGCGCAACCCCAAGCCGUGGAGCAAGCUGAAGUCGGGCCGCGAGACCUUCCGCAGGAUGUGGAAGUGGCUGCAGGAGCCCGAGUUCCAGCGCAUGUCGGCGCUGCGCCUGGCAGCGUGCAAACGCAAGGAGCAGGAGCAGCAGAAGGAGCGCGCGCUGCAGCCCAAGAAGCAGCGGCUGGUGUUCACCGACCUGCAGCGGCGCACGCUCAUCGCCAUCUUCAAGGAGAACAAGCGGCCGUCCAAGGAGAUGCAGGUCACCAUCUCGCAGCAGCUCGGCCUGGAGCUCAACACCGUCAGCAACUUCUUCAUGAACGCGCGGCGCCGCUGCAUGAACCGCUGGGCCGAGGAGCCGGGCGCCGCCUCCGCGGGCCCCGCCGGCGCCGCCGCCACCUUCUCCAAGGCCUGAGCCCCGGCGGGGGGGAGGGGCG